AUGAUUGUGUGUCCAUUGGACGAUAGAUCGCCUCACUUCACUCGUGUGCGGCGUUGCGUGCCUCGAGAUUACGAUGCCGUCAAUGUCACAUUGGACUGCCCUGGACAAGAUCCGCCACAAAUUACCAAGUCCAUUGUGAAGAUCAAAAAGUGCGAAUGCAUCGAUCUGGACCUGUCGGCGCAUCUUCGCUUAUAG